AUGGAUGGUAAGAGGUUCAGUGACAACGAAGAGGACACUUUCUUUUUUGUACUCACACCCUUUUCUUCUUCUUCUUCUUCUUCUUCUUCUUUUAAUUCUACUAGCUUUAUUCGUUCUAUGUCUUCUUUCUCACUCUUUUCUUUUUUCCUUAAUAUCUUUCUUUGGUAUUUUCUCUGCUUUUCAGAUAAAAUCUUUAAGUUCCAAUCUUUGUCACUUCUUCUUCUCAUUAUUUUUCACACUCUUUAUUUUUCUCUUUUCUUUUCUUUUUAUUUGUCUCUCUCUUAUUUUCCUUUUAUUUUUCUCUUUCUUUUUCUCUGUAUUUUUCUCUCUCUUUAUCUCUUUAAUUUUCUCCCUCGUCUUUUCUCUUUAUUUUUCACUCUCUUUUUUCUUUUAUUUUUCUCUUCUUUUCUCUUUAUUUGCUUUCUUUUCUUUUCUCUUCAUUUUUCUCUCUCCUUUUCUCUUUAUUUUUCUCUUUCUUAUUUUCUCUUUAUUUUUUUUCUUUUCUUUUUAUUUUUCUCUCUCUUUUUUUUUCUGUUUAUUUUCUUUUUUCUCUUUAAUUUUCUCUCGUUUUUUUUCUUUAUUUUUCUCUCUUUUCUUUUCUUUUUAUUUUCUUUCUUUUCUCUUUCUUUUUUCUUUCUUCUUCUCUCUUUAUUUUUCCUCUCUCCUUAUUCCCUUUAUUUUUCUCUCUCCUUUUCCCUUUCUUUUUCUCUCUCUUCUUUUCUCUUCAUCGUUUCUCUUUCUCCUUCAUUAUAUAUUUCUUCAUCAUAUAUAUUAUCUCACACUUCUCUCUCUAUUUUAUAUCUCCCUUCUCCCUUUAAUUUUUCUCUCUAUUCUCCUCUCUUUAAUUGUUUUUCCAGUGACUUGAUCUCUUUCUCACUUCUUCUCUCUUUUUCUCUGUUAAUGUUCUUUCUAUCUUUUUCCUCUCUAUUUUAUUCCCUCUCUAUUUUCUCCCUCUCUCUAUAA